CAAAACUUUUAUGGUUUUAGGACAUGGUUCUUUUACUUCUGAGCUAAAUAUUGCAUUUGAAAAAGAAAGAGGAAGAAACAUUAUUGAUGAUGUUAAUGAGAAUAAAGUAGGGUUAUAUCAGAAACUUGUAAGUGAAAGAAACAAUAAAGGGGGUGACUUUGGUAAUUCAAAAAAAAAUGUUGUGAUUGAAAAGAAGAGGCGAAGAAGCAUCUUUGGCGAUGUUAGUCAAUUGGAAGUCAAUCUGUCUUCUACCCAAGAUCCAAUUGUGGAAGCUAGUGGCUCUUGGAUUGCAAACAAGAAAGUUCAGACUAAGAGUACAAGAGGGACAAAUAUUCUUAAUGGGGGUGAUAACAUAUUUGAUGAUGUUUGUGGCAAUGAAGUAGAUUUGCAUAAUGAGGAUGCAGGACAUUCAAAUGAUAAAGGUCACUCUUUUACUUAUAAUAAGAAUACCUCAUUUGAAAAAAGGAGAAAAAGAACCAUUGUUGAUGAUGACAGUGAGAAUGAAAUAGAGUUUUAUCAGGGAGUUCAUAGAGAAAGCAAUGGUGGUAGCUCAUUUACUUCUAAGAAGAGCAGUGGGAUAGAAAAAGAGAGAGGCAAAAGCAUUUGGGAUGAUGAUAAUGAAAUGGAGGUAGAUCCGACAUUUACCCAAGAUCCAAUUGGCGGUGACUCUUGUAUUAAAAAAAAGAAAACUCAGAUAGAAAGUACGAGUACGACAGAAAGUAAUGAUGGUGGUGACACUGAAGUGGAGGAAGGACAAACAGUUUUACAAGAUCUAAAUGGUAACAUGUGCCACCCUUUGCAACGCAUAUAUUUUUCUAUAUGGCUUGCCUUUGCAAGUGAAUUUCCAAAAUAAGUCCCCAGACUUUCUAUAUCACAUUUCUCGAAUGAAAAUACACUUUAUUUCAAAAUUU